AACAGCAAAUCUGACAAUUACUAUGGAAAGGCUGCUCGCGGCGAGAUUCCUUUGAUUGUCUCAGUUAACAACAAGGACGAAAUCGCAUCUCUCAUCCAACUCAAGAAGCAAUAUCUCUCUAGUGCAAAGAUGUCUAUCAUGGGUGGUGCAGAGGCUCACUUGGUUGCUUCUCAUCUGGCUGCUGCUGACAUUGCUGUGAUUUUACGUCCUGGCCUUUGCACCCCAGCAAACUUCGAUUCAAUCCAUUGUCUUACUGGCGCACCUCUGACAAACGGAACCGCAGCUCACGUUCUCCACCAACACGGAGUAAAGAUUGGUUUGGGUGUUUUGGACAACAGCUUGGCUCGCAACCUGGCGUGGGAUGCUGGAUGGUUGUCUGUAACAUCUACUGAAAGUUACGGCUUGAUCUCAGAGGCUCAGGCAGUCGGAUUUAUUACAACCAAUUUAUGGGAUAUCUUUGGUCUCCGUCAGGACGAUCUCUUCACCAAUGAUUUUGUUGUCUGGUCCGGAAGUCCAUUUGCUAUGAACAGCCGCCCUGUGUUUAGCUAUUCCCAACAGCAGGGUAUCCACACAAUCGUCUAA